UGUUUACGUAACAGUAGAAAGCGACCAGUUUCGAGGUUCGUCACUAGUUAUCCCAGCCUUUUUCUACAAUUACUCUUCUUAAAAUUGAAUGAUAAAACUGGCCUUAAUCACACCACUACUAGCCCUAACGUUAAAUCAAGACCGAAAAGCUCAAGUUUUGUUUCCACGAAUUUUUACGAUAUACUCUUUUGACUUUGUGGCUGUGGUAACUAGUGUAACCCGUUUUCGAGUAGACAACAGCAGAGCAAACAGCUGCACAGACGGGCAUGAACUCAAAACAGCAGGCAACACGUCUGCAAAACAUGCUUGUGUGAAGUCGCUUACCGUACACUUUGCACCCUAAUAUCCAACAAUAAGUGUGUAAUUUGGAAAAAGCUUAUUCAAAAUGUGGAUAACCCCAGAGGAGGUGUUGCUUGCCAACGCUCUGUGGGUGAGCGAAAGGGCGAACCCCUUCUUCAUUCUCCAGAGGAGAAAGGGCCAUGGCAAAGGAGGGGGCAUCACUGGCUUGUUGGUGGGCACCAUGGAUGUUGUCCUGGACUCCAGUGCCAGAGUGGCUCCCUAUAGGAUCCUGCACCAGACAGGGGACUCACAGAUCUUCUGCAGCAUCGCAUGUGGCUCCUCCCGGAAGGAGAUCACAGAGCAUUGGGAGUGGCUGGAGACCAACCUCCUCCAGACGCUCUCCAUUUUUGACAACAACGAAGAUAUCACCACCUUCGUCAAGGGGAAGAUCUCGGGCAUCAUCGCCGAGGAGAACAAGAGCAAGGCUGCCCUGGAGGAUGAGGACUCUGGCAAGUUCCGUGAGGCUGAACUGAAGAUGAGGAAGCUGUUUGGCAUGCCCGGUGAGGAGAAGCUGGUCAACUACUACUCCUGUAGCUACUGGAAGGGCCGUGUGCCCCGGCAGGGCUGGGUCUACCUCAGCGUCAACCACCUCUGCUUCUACUCUCUCCUCCUGGGGAAAGAAGUGACCCUGGUGGUGCAGUGGACGGAGGUCACCCGCCUAGAGAAGAACGCCACGCUGCUGUUCCCGGAGAGUGUGCGGGUGAGCACGCGGCACACGGAGCACUACUUCUCCAUGUUCCUCAACGUUAACGACACCUUCAAGCUCAUGGAGCAGCUGGCCACCAUCGCCAUGCGCCAGCUGCUUGACAACGAGGGCUUCGCCGCCGACCACUCGCUGCCUAAGGCCUGCAAGACGCUCAAGAAUGUCUCGGCACUGAAGAGGAACCUGGACGCACGGGCCAAGAACGAACGUUACCGGGCGCUGUUCCGCCUGACCCAGGACGAGCGCCUGGACGGACACACCGACUGCACGCUGUGGACUCCCUUUGCCAAGAUGCACAUCGUGGGCCAGCUGUUUGUCUCCAACAACUACAUCUGCUUCUGCAGCCGUGAGGAGGACCUCUGUCAGCUCAUCAUCCCCCUCAGAGAGGUAUCCAUUGUGGAGAAGGCAGACAGCAGCAGCGUCUUGCCCUGCCCCGUGUCCAUCAGCACCAAGAACAAGAUGACCUUCCUCUUCGCCAACCUCAAGGACCGCGACUUCCUGGUCCAGCGCAUCUCCGACUUCCUGCAGCGCACCCCUGAAAGUGGCCAUUCGGGUUCUCCCAGCCCUAGUACAACCCCUCUCUCCUCCAGCCUCCCCACACCCACUGGUGCAGCAGGGGAACCGUCCCAGAGGCGCCACUACAGCCCCAGCCUGCCAACAGCCACUCAGAGCCUGCUCCGCAUCUACCAGAAGCACGCCCCAGAGGAACACGGACCCAAAGCUACAAAGGAGGAGUUGUGGAACAUCCACUUCCUUGAGUUUGGCAGGGGUGUGUGUAUGUACCGUACCUCCAAGACCAGAGAGCUGGUGCUCAAUGGGAUCCCUGAGAGCCUCCGGGGGGAGCUGUGGCUGCUCUUCUCAGGAGCUCAGAAUGAGAUGGACACCCACCCUGGCUACUACGCUGAGCGGGUGGAGCAGGCCAUGGGCCGCUGUACCCUGGCCACGGAGGAGAUCGAGAGGGACCUGCACCGCUCCAUGCCUGAGCACCAGGCCUUCCAGAAUGAGAUGGGCAUCGCUGCCCUCCGCAGGGUCCUCACCGCCUACGCCUGCCGCAACCCUGGCAUAGGAUACUGCCAGGCGAUGAACAUUGUGACGUCGGUACUGCUGCUGUACUGUACGGAGGAGGAGGCCUUCUGGCUUUUGGUGGCUCUGUGUGAGAGGAUGCUGCCUGACUACUACAACACCAGGGUGGUGGGUGCUCUCGUUGACCAGGGUGUGUUUGAGGAGCUGACACGCGCAUGCCUCCCUUUCCUCUACGAGCACAUGCAGGAGCUGGGAGUCAUCUCCACCAUCUCCCUCUCCUGGUUCCUCACCCUGUUCCUCAGCGUCAUGCCCUUCGACAGCGCCGUGCUUCUGGUUGACUGCUUCUUCUACGAGGGCAUCAAGGUCAUCUUCCAAGUGGCACUGGCCGUGCUGCACGCCAACAUGGACACCCUACUGGACUGCAAUGACGAGGGAGAGGCCAUGACCAUCCUUGGACGGUAUCUGGACAAUGUUGUCAACAAGCAGACCGUGUCUCCGCCCAUUCCCCACCUCCACGCCCUGUUGACCAGUGGCGAUGAGCCGCCGCCUCAGAUUGACGUGUUCCAGCUCAUCAAGUCAUCCUGUGAGAAGUUUGGUAGUUUGCGUGCUGAUGUCAUCGAGCAGAUGAGGUUCCAUCAGAGGUUAAAGGUCAUCCAAUCGCUGGAGGACACCGCCAAGAGGAGCGUGGUAAGAGCCAUCAUGACAGACUCAGCCUUCAGUAUCGAGGAGCUAGAGGAACUCUAUGUUCACUUCAAGGCCAAGCACAUAAUUAGCUGCUACUGGGGGGCCAGCACCACAGCGGCGGAGCGCCACGACCCCAGCCUGCCCUACCUGGAGCAGUACCGCAUUGACCUGGGACAAUUCUGCCAGCUGUUCGGGGCCCUGGGAACCUGGCUCUGUGGGACGCACACCGCCACGCUGGCCGCACGCCUCUUCCGCCUGCUGGACCUGAACAAGGACGGCCUCAUCAACUUCAAGGAGUUUGUCACUGGUCUGAGUGGGAUGUACCACGGAGACAUGACAGAGAAACUCAAGUUACUGUACAAUCUUCACCUGCCGCCAGCAUUGUGUCCAGAGGAGGCCGAGUCGGCACUGGAAGCUACACAGUUCUUCACUGAUGACACUCCACAGGAACCUCCCUUCCUGUCUGAUCUGGACUUCCUGGUGCAGGAAGUGACCUCAGGAGAGGAGGUGAAAGAGGCUGAGGACGCAUUGGGAAGCGGAGAUGCAGAGGAGAAGAAAGAGGUGAAGGACUAUAAGUACUACCUGCGGAUGUGGGCCAUGGAGAAUGAGCCCAAGAAGGAGACCAUUAAAGACCUUCGCAGGAUGAACCAGGAGCAGUUCAUAGAGCUGUGUAAGACCCUGUACAACAUGUUCAGCGAGGACCCACUGGAGCAGGAGCUCUACCACGCCAUCGCCACUGUGGCCAGCCUGCUGCUGCGCAUCGGAGAGGUGGGCAAGAAGUUCACCAACAACGGCGCCAACAAACCAACUGACACCAUCAACGCCCAGGCUCCCGCCCCCGCUGCUGAACUGCUCCAACCCGAAAAAGAGGAGCCGAACGGGGAGAGCAGCUCAGGGCAGUCUCUGGUCUGCAGGGCCUUGGCGGAGGCCCAGCUGGAAACGCCGCCUCAGCAGACGUCGGACGAAGAAGUGAAGGAUGACACGUCGGUCUCGUCCUACUCCAUGGUGAGCACAGGUUCUCUGCAGUGUGAGGACAUCGCCGACGACACAGUCCUGAUUGGCUGCGCCGGCGACCAGCAGCGGCGGGGAAGCAUAUUGGAUGGCGAUUGGUCCAUCACCUUUGAGCAGGUGCUGGCGUCGAUGCUCACCGAGCCGCCCCUGGUGGACUACUUUGAGAAGAAGGGAGAAAUUCAGGCAAGGAUGGCUAUCUGUAAGAUGCAAAGGAGAGUGGAAAGGCAGGUGAGCUCGUCAAGCGACCACUAAUUGGCCCAGCUCUCAACCUGACUCACCUCACUUCUCACCCGUAGGGGAAACCCAUCACUGUCCUACUCAAGUUACUGUUGCUCCUUGCCUCACUACCAUUUCACAGGGAGCUCUAGACUUGUAUCUCUGUUGUGAUUGUCAUCCUUAUACAGAACCAGAUGUGUGUGUGUAUAUAGGAAAUAUAUCUAUUGAAACAAAAUACUCCAGAGUCUGCCCAACGGAUCCUACCUUUUGAUAAAAGCCACAUGACCCAAAACAUUUAGGGCUGGUUUCCCAGAAACGCAUUCCACCUAAGCCUGUAACUAGACUAAAAAGCACAUUCAAAAUAUAAAUUCUCCAUUGAUCAUGCUUUCUAUUCCAGGACUAAGCUUUAAUAUUGAUCUGGAAAACCGGGCCUUGGAGCGUAGUGGCUAAUCCAAAGGUAGGAUGUUGGUACUCAACUGUAUUAUUGUAUCUAUCCCUGUGCCCUUUCUGUUCUCUGCACUCUGCGGACCACAAUCAACGCUGUGGAUAAAUGCCUUUAAAUAUAAGACCUGUAUAUGAGACAUGUAAACGUUUGUGUGUCUGUGAAAUCCACAGCUGUCUCAAACUAAAGAAAGCCUUGCCUUAAAAAAAAAAAGAAGACUAAACUGGAUGUUAGAUUUUUUUGGAAAGAGCUUGUUUUUGUUUUAUGUAGUUUUUUCUUCGGAAGAAUGUUGGCGUUACCAGUCAGUUCUCUGGCCAGUACUUGUUUUAUUAGUCCCAAUUCAGCAGUCUUAACUAACCGUCAAUUAAUCUGCAGCCUUCAGAUAAGCAUGGAGCUUCUCUCAUUGGGUGACUUGCCUGCCACUCGUAACUUACUAGGGCCUGAUUAGACUGUUCAUUCAUCAAAUUACCUCAAGUAUUGUUUUACCAACAUAAAUACUAUAACCAUUACAGAAAUACUAAUACCAUUACAGUUACUAGGCCUAACUGUCAGUUUUAUCUAUGUAUUCGGGCCGAGGUAAAUUGAACACCUGUAAGUAAGUGUUCGAUGGAUAUCCCUGCAAUGCACUUCUGUCGUUUCAGAAUAGCAGUAAGGAAACACUUCCUGAUGGUUUACUGAAAACAAGCAACUACAAUUUUUUACGGAUUGCAAUUACAUUUCAGUCUAGAAAUAUUUGCUUAAUGUCAUGUAAGGCUUUUUGUUGGAUUAUCCAUCACGCCUGUCGGUGUCAACCUGUAAAUUGCUGCAUAUCAUAUUCGUAGUAUCUUCUGUUGUUCAAAGCUUGUAAAUGUAAAAAAGAGAUGCUUUGUACGCAGUAUUUUGAUUUACUACAAAGCCACAUUGGUCACAAACAGAUAUUGUACACAGGCAAUUCUACAGAAUGCUUAAUGCCCUCUUUCGUCACCAGCUAUCUUUAAUGUUUUACCAGAAAAAAAUAAUAUUUUAACAAGCCCUUUUAAACCAUUCAGCUCCCCUACUUCGGAAGGGACUGGACAAAUGUAAACAAUGGCUCCAGUCCGGAUGAGGUUUGGGGAUUGUCUGGAAUAUUUCUCACACCUUUCUAGUUACUUCAGAUACUAGAGUAGUAAAUAGGAGUUAGGGAUUGUUAGACAAGGCUAUUGGCUCCUCACAGUUUGUUUCCCCUAUGGCUAUCCAGACAGGUCUGGUUAUCAGCUGAGAAAUGUGCUGCCGCUGCUCAAUUCUAAUCUCAGAAAUGUUCUUCUGUAACACUAAAACCAGACUGUAGUAAAAGGUUGUCUGGCUGGCCCAUUGUGUAUAACGAAACACAACAGUCCGGCGUUGUUUGUAGCAUUACAUACCAAGUUUAUCGUCACUUUGUAAGAUGAUUGUUUUAUACCCCAAGGUAAAUUUAUCACAGUGUUAUUUGGCCUAAAACACCAAAGUACCAUUUCAUUCAAUUGUAUGUUGUUUUUCUAUCUUUUUUUGCACACAAACCCUGUCUCACGCUUUGUAUAUUAUUUGCUUUGCACUUGCAUAUGUUUCUGAUAUAUAAUGAAAAUUACUAAUUGUACUUGUUUACCUUGCAGACUACUUUCUAAAUGUGAAAACAAAGAAUGAGGAAGCAGUUUGGGAUCCUUUUUGGUUCUAGGAUGGCCUAUGUGGCUGUUGCAAGUCUGUUUAUCCACCUAUAGCUAUAAUGUCAUCACUGUAUUCAUGUAACAGAUUUAUUGAUUCAAACUUGCAUUUUAAAUUCUUUGAUCAGUACUGUGCUAUGUUGUGUACUAAAUACAAAUAGUGAAUGGAAUAACUUGUUUGUUUUGUUUUGUCAUAGGAUGGAUGGGUGGUGGUGCAAAAUGCAGGCAUGUGAGGGGGAUCAAUGGAGGCCCUGAGAGGAUAACAGCCACUCACUCAGCACUAUGAGCUCAGUGUAGUCCUUGCUGUUCCCUGUCAGUUCCUGAGAGGACCCCACAGAGCAGACGUACAUGCUGCUAUCUCCCCAUCUGGGCAAGGUUCAGGUCUGCGUCUAAAGACAAAAGUAGGAUGGAAGUUUGGAGGGGUCACUGGCAACACAGUCACUGUCAUUGGUAAACGUAGGAAUAGCCCACUGCUGAAGGAGACAAGAAAGCCUGAUUUUAACUUCUUAAAACCCCACCUAAAUAAACGUAAAUC